AUGGAUCGUAUAUCUCCGGACGAUGUGUCUUUGGACGUCCCUCGUCCUACGAUUGGCGUUCAGUGGGGUUCAUCAACACUAUCGCUCUCUACCUUAGAUGACCCGCGAUCCUCUUCCACACAGUCUUUGCUUCCUUCUCCAUCCGAAAACGAUGAUUCAGGACGCCGUAAACUACUAGUCAUCUAUAUACAUGGUUUUAUGGGCAACGAUGCCUCUUUUCAAUCCUUUCCCGCUCAUGUGCACAAGUACCUUAAACUCGCCUUAUCCGAGACCCAUACUGUCCAUUCUAAGAUUUACCCAAGAUAUAAAACUUACAAGGCUCUUGAUGUAGCCCGCGAUAACUUCAGUAGAUGGUUAGCCCCUCAUGAAUCUCCCACUACCGACGUGGUUCUUGUCGGCCAUUCUAUGGGAGGAUUAUUGGCUGCCGAUAUUGCUCUGAUGCCAUCUAGAAACCAGUACCAAAUGGGGUACUUUCUUCAUCGCAUCAUAGGGACAGUUAAUCUAGAUGCGCCCCUCCUCGGGUUACAUGCGAGUGUCGUUACAGCUGGUAUUGCCAGUCUAUUUCGGCCUAAAUCGGACACAGCAAACUUGCCCCAGGUGCCAAUGCCAGAAGAUGAAUCAGUCCUAUCCCUAUCUAACAUCAACUCGGCAAACACUUCGAUAUACUCGGAUCCAUCAAGCGCUUCCCAGUCCCCUGGACCGCAAGGGAUUCCAUAUGGUAUGACGUUCGAUCCAAAUUAUAAUCCAUCUUUCGUCAAUGAUGUCCCACUUCGGGAUAGGGGUUGGUGGAGAAACAUCGUCCACUUCGUCGAGAAGCAUAAUUCCGAAGGUCUGCUAGACGCUGUCAGUCAUCACCUCAUGUCGCAUCUGGAAUUCGGAAGCUGCCUCAUGGAUCUAAAUAACCUGAAGACUCGAUAUGAGAAUAUUCGUAGAUUGGAGGAUGUAGACGAUCUAAAAGAUCAUGGAUUCCCUCAUGUACCCCCACAAGUUCGCUUCAUUCAAUACUAUACUGUGUGCAACGGAUAUCCUAAGAAACCUAAAGAUCCAGGCUCCAAUAACAACUCAGAAGCCUUGGAGACCAUAUUAAAUACACGGUCGGCUCCCCCAGCACCGCAAAUCUCAGUCCAGGGUCACGAUCAUCCCUCAAGCCCGCAAGAUCUCGAUGCUGCCAACAAUAAUACUCUACUGCGAGAUUCUUUCGAUGGCAAUUCCGAAAGCCCAGAAUUGCAGUUACUUGCUCCUGAACCAAUGUCUGAAGAGCCACAACCGAUACCUGAAGCUAGCACAUUUGAUGAGCCCCUAAAAGACAUCAAGGAUAAGGUCCCAGAAAACGACAACGACACAAUCUCAACAACUGAUCUUACCGAUGCUGUGGCAUCUUUAAGUAUUGGUCUUCCUACAAUACCAGAACUUCCUGUUAGACCCGACCCGCCAGAUUUUAGCCAGUAUACAGAUAAGGAUGUACGGAAACAAGCUGAGAAGGAAGCCAAGCGGAUACAGAAAGAUUACGAUAAGCUCGUAAAGGACCAUGAUAAGGCUAUUAGGGAACGGCAGAAAAUCUACGACAAGAGGAAGAAGAAGAUGGCGCAAGAGACGGAGAAAAAGGCGAAGGAAGAACAGAAACGGCGAAAGAAAGAAGCAGCCGCCAUUGCUGCGUCGAGUUCCUCAACUUCAGACGACGGACCUUUUAGAAGCACUUCUUCCGCAGUCGCGCAGUCAGAAGAUCCCGAUAUGGCAUCGCCUCUAGCUAGUCCCUCGGCACAGUCACAGGGUAAGGCUAAGCCCCCAAAACCGCCAAAAGAACGUAAAUUUUGCAACGUUCCAAAGGUGGACGGCGUGGUCGAUCCGAAAUGGGUCAAGAUCUUCAUAAAAGACAUGGAUCAAGUCGCCGCGCACACGAGUCUAUUCUUCAGAGGCGACCACUACGAAAAACUUGUUGGCGACGUUGGCGAGACCAUUGUAGGCUGGGUCCAGCAUGAUAUGACAAAGAGGGCUAUUCUGGAGAUGGAAUAG